UUCAGUAACACUUGUUCACUCAAUUGCGUACAACCUUCUGUCGCGUUAUUGCCAUUAAGCAAAUUUUUGGCAAACGAAAGAAACGGAAAAGAACUAACAACCAUGAGUUCAAAAUCUCUAUUUGAAACUGAAGAUGAUGUAGCGCAAGCCAACAAGUUCGCUAACAAGGCAAAGGAUUCUCCUUUCAUGUUGAUUGGCAUUGCUGGCUUUGUGGCGGCGGGUCUGAUCGGUGCCUACAAAUACAAAAACCGUGGCACGAUGAGCACAAGCGUUUUCCUGAUGCAGCUGCGUGUGGCAGCGCAGGGCACCGUUGUGGGCUGCCUGACCGUGGGACUUGGAUACCAAAUGGCUAAGGAGUAUCUGUUUGACAAGGCGCCCAAGGAAAAUUUGAAGUCUUUGACUAAUUAAUACAAAUUUGAUUGAUUUGGCCCGCACAUUUCCCUGACACCCAUCUGCCCAAACGAAACAUUGCCAGAGGCUUUGACGACACUUAAUACAAAUUAAAUAGCAUACAUAUUUAUUAACAUAAUAACAAUAACAAUGAUUGUAAAUCCCUCUACAGCUGGGGUAUAAAAAACAAGGUACCAGUGUUGCCCACGUUAAAAAUAGCUUUAAAAAACUCUCAAAAUAUUAAAUUAGUUGGAAAAUAGCUAAAUUGGCAACGCUGGUCACAACUGCGAGAAAUUGUAUUAACAAUUUGUAAAAUGUAGAAUAAUGUUUUGUAUACCUGUGUAAGAUUGUGAUAAUACGUGUUUUUUAAAAAAAACCAACGAUCUUAAAUAUGAAUGUAAACUGUCGAAUUGUCGGAACAGUCUGAACUAUGAAUACCUCCUAUGUAAAUGAUAUAUGAUUAAAAACAAAAAAUUAUUAAGGUAAUUGAAAA